CGCCGGGCCCUGAAGGACCCCCCCCCCCCCGCCGGCACCGGUCGCCCCGCCGCCGCCGUCACCGAGUUUGCGAUUAAACAAAAAAACCCUCAUCUUCCCCCCCUCCCCCUAGCCCCCACCACCACCACCACCACCACCACCACCACCACCACCAUCCCCUCCCCCGGAGGAUCGCAGAGACUGAGGGAAAUAAAUAAAUAAAUAACUACAACGACAACGAUCCGAGACCCGGGCGAUGCCGUCCAAGAAAAAGAAAUAUAACGCGCGCUUCCCGCCGGCCAGAAUAAAGAAAAUCAUGCAGACCGAUGAAGAGAUCGGGAAGGUUGCUGCUGCCGUUCCUGUGAUCAUCUCUCGAGCCCUGGAGCUGUUCCUGGAUUCCUUACUGACCAAGGCCUGCCAUGUGACUCAAUCACGAAAUGCCAAGACCAUGACCACAUCUCACCUAAAACAAUGCAUCGAGCUCGAACAGCAGUUUGAUUUCUUGAAGGACCUUGUAGCCUCUGUGCCGGAUAUGCAGGGCGAUAAUGAGGACAACCAUAUGGAAGGAGACAAGGCCCCUCGGAGGGGGAGGAAGCCGGGGUCUGGACGGAGGAACACAAAUGGAGGAGCAGGGCCGGGGCCCAAGGCCAAGGACAGGAAGCAGUCCAGCACGGAAUCGGAGCAGGAGGACGAGUCGGAGGACAGCGAGACAGACGAAGAGGAGGUAUCCCGGUCCAGCGUGGACAAGCCCGGGCGCCAGAUCCAGAGCCCUCAGUCAGUCUUCAGUAGUCCACUGCCAACCGUGCCGAUGCCAACGUGCUCCCCAGCGCUGAGCAACUUGCCGAUGCCCACAGCCACCCCGAUGUGUCAAGAUGGUGGAGAGGACGACGACUACGACUCCUAGCUUUUUGAGUUUCGCUCCUGGCUGGUGGUAGAGCGGGGAGGAGGAUAAAAAUGGGGGUUUUAUUCAGUUUGUGUGCGCGUGUGUUUGUAUAUGUGCGUGUGUGUGUGUGUGUGUGUGCGCGUGUGCUGUUUUCUUUUCAAGAUUUAUUUUUUCAUAUCUAGGGCAGAGUAUUGUGGGGGGAGGGAGGGGGCUGGUUUGCUUUGGGGACGGUCAUCCAGGAGUCUUGUUUCCCCUUCUCUCGCAUCGUUUUAUUUACUGCACCCGCGUUGCAGUUCUUAAACCAUUUUAUCCCCUCGCUUUGUCUCUCGUGUGCAUGGAAAAUCUGCCCCCCCCCCCCCCCAAAAAAAAUGUCCAACACAGCCCUCCGCGAUCCCUCCCUCCAAAUACAAAGAAGUUGGCAGGAUCAGGCGAGCAAGAGAGAGAAAGAGAGAGAAGGUGGAAAGAGCUGGAUGAGAUUUUUGGCAUUAUUUUUAAUUUUUAAUUUUAGUAAAAUGCGAAAUAAAAUUGGGGAGAGAAAGAGACUUUUCUUUUCUUAAAAAAAAGGGACGUUCCAUCCUCUAGUUUGACCAGAAUUUUCGGGUUUCUCAUCAGCAGCUGUAACCUUGCCUGUGCCGAGUAGAAGAAUUGUGAUGUAUUGUUGAAAUCUGUGCAAAUACUAAUCUGCAGUUGUUCCAUCUGCUCCCUUUUUGUUUUCUGUUGUUGCUCCCCACCACUGUUGCUGUUAAUGAGACGCGUUGGUAUCGUGAAACGGAGGUGGGGUGCGCGGGCGCGUGCUCACGUGGUGGUGGCGGAAAUUGUCCAUCUUGCUCUGAAUAAAGGCAUUUUUAGGGGA